CCACAUUGAUCAUGGGAUUGGAAGGACAACCUCAACCCUUAUACAGACUCUACCUUAACUAAAUAUGCUAUAACGGGAGGCGUUGCUUUAACUAUUUAUAGAUAUGUUCAGUUGGGAGACAAAAGUGUCAAUGAGUCCGGACUCCACCACCUACAAUAACAUGUGACGUCACGACUAACUGUCAGCACCUGAACCAUUCGUGCCGGGAAGUUCAUACUGGGAGCAUGAAGUGGUUAGUUCUUCAGGUGAUCCUGGCUUCUCUGCUACUUCACUUUGGUUAUGCUUAUAAAUAUGAGACAUAUUUCUACAAGCAGAAGGUGGAUCACUUCAGUUUUGUUGAUCCAGACAGUUAUUCCCAGCGAUAUUUGAUCAACGAUGAGUCCUGGGACUCAGAUGGUGGACCCAUAUUCUUUUAUGCCGGCAAUGAAGGAGAUAUCACCUGGUUUGCAGAAAAUACAGGUUUUAUGUGGGACAUCGCUCCAGAGUUUAACGCUCUGAUAAUCUUCGCUGAACACAGAUAUUAUGGAGUCUCCUUACCUUAUGGAAACAAGUCUUUCACUGAACCCAAAUAUUCUGGCUACCUUACAUCAGAACAGGCAUUAGCAGACUUUGCUGAACUGAUCUCAUACUUGAGGAUUGCUCUUCCUGGAGCAAAGAACAGUGCAGUCAUUGCAUUUGGAGGAUCAUAUGGGGGAAUGUUAGCAGCUUGGUUCCGUAUGAAGUAUCCUCAUGUCGUUCAAGGAUCCAUUGCAGCCUCAGCCCCAAUUCUUCAGUUCAUUGACAUCACACCCUGUGAAAAGUUUGGCCAAGUGGUAACAGCAGAUUUUGCCAGGGAAUCCAGUCAAUGUGUUGAGGUGAUUCGAAACUCUUGGGCUGCUAUUGAUGCUGUCACAGCUGAUGAGGUAGGGAUGAAUUGGCUUACUGGUGCUUGGAAACUUUGCCAGCCACUUAAAACACAGAAGGAUGUCCAGAAGGUGAAAGAAUAUUUGACAGAUGUUUGGACAAACUUGGCCAUGGUUGACUACCCAUAUCCUGCUGAAUUUUUGGCACCACUUCCUGCCAACCCCAUCAAGGUGGUGUGUACUCAUUUGACCGAACCUACACUUGAACCCAAGGCACUACUGGAAGAGCUCUUUGCAGGGGUUUCUGUAUACUUCAAUUUUACGGGUAAAGCCAAAUGCCUGAAUGCAGAUGAAGCAGCAGAUUCUAACUUGAGCACUUCUGGAUGGGAUUUCCAGGCUUGUACAGAGAUGGUGAUGCCAAUGUGCUAUGAUGGUGUAAAGGAUUUCUUCGAGCCUUCUCCUUGGGAUUUCAAGGCAUAUGCAACAAAAUGCUAUGAGUCGUGGAACAUAUACCCCCGACCUCUGAUGGCUCCUAUGAUAUAUGGUGGGAAGGACAUUUCAGCUGCCAGCAAUAUUGUCUUUAGCAAUGGCUUACUGGACCCAUGGUCAACUGGUGGAGUCAUGUGGAAUGUGAGUGACUCUGUGGUGUCCAUAAUCAUACCUGAGGGUGCUCACCACCUGGACCUCAGGAGUUCAAACCCUGAUGACCCACAGUCAGUCAUUGAUGCUAGAAUAUUAGAGAAGAAGUAUAUUUCAACAUGGAUUGAGAGUUACAAGUCAGAGAAUGAAAUAUAGGUGGAAACAAUUGUUGUGUAUAAGGUUGUAGUGAUCAGAAAAUUUAUUGCCGUACAAUAUUCUUUCUGGGUGAAAUGUGGAUACUUGAUCCUAUUUCCCUGAGUUUGAUCAAUUUAUAUUUUACUGUUGUACAGCAGAAUGGUACACACAUAACCUCCAAUUAUCUGUGCCUUAUUUUGGUUUACCCAUUUAUAUACUUUACUGGUCAUCCUUCCAUAUCUUGGAUCUUCCCAUGUAUUCUACAUCCUUAUUCGUCUCGCUCCACUGAGAUGUUUCUCUUUUAUGCGGUUUGAGUAUUGUACUUAUAUCACUUUGCUGAUAUAUUUGUUUCUCCAGUCUAUGACACUUCAAUGGUGUGUUUGUUUCUUACAUCUUAUGAUUAAUGUUGUUUUCUACUGGCAUAUGUAUUUCUCACACAUUACAAUCAGUCCAGUGAUUAGCUUGCUGCUCGUUUAUUUCUUAGUUCUUUCUUUUGAUAUGUUUAUAAUUAAGUCUGUUCUUACCACCCGAGUUAUUGUGGAAUAAAAACUGCAAGCAUCUCGGGUCUUAUCCAAGUCUAUCAAUUACUUUUGGAUGAGUUCUGGUUUAUUUUCACAAAUCUUUGUUCAAUGAACAUUCAUCAUACAGUAUAUGGUCCAGAUAAACUUUCUUGUACCAGAUUUUUACCCUUCUCUUUGUGCUCGAUGAUCUUUCCACUGUGCAUUUUGUCACGAGGAUUGUCAGAGUAAUAAUAAUUGUUUGUGUAAUAGAAGGAAACUGAUCAGUGUGUUUGAGUAAAUCCUGAAGUUCCUCAUCUUGGUUCUUUUUGGAGACCAAAUUUCGAAUCGGGUGUCUGCUUCACCUAAGUUUUAAAUUUCAUACAGUUUAAUGGUCUUUGCAAUCUGGUCCUUGAAUUUUUUACAUAUAAGCUUUGCCACUUGUAGUUUUAGUAGAACAUCGGGUUUCCAAGGAAGGAAGAUAUGAUGGAAUCCCAAUAUGAUAGUCACGAAUAUUGAUUGAACGGUGUUUCUGCUGACCACAGUCUCUGUGAAGGGUUAACUCAAUGUGCAGCUCUGCUGCUAAUUUUGAUGAUCUAUAAUCAUGAUACCAUGAUAUUGCUGCACAUUGGCAGCACAGUACAGUAUAUCUAAAAUCACCGUAAAUUAAAUUGACAAUGAUCUAAAAUCAUGGUACCAAAACAAUAGUUCACUGUCUUGAAAGAAAAUCACAGAGCCAUGCAAUGCAUAUACUGUACUGUAUGCUCAAAACAUACAGCACAAGAUACAGCACUUGGGUUCAUAUCAAGAAGUGUUCGUUAAUUUCAAGACUAGUGGGGUUAUACUUAAAGUAUAUCUUGCGUAUGUGAGACUUCGCCUGAACUAUGCUGUUCAGUUGUGGUCACCGUACUACAGAAUGGAUAUUGAAUCCCUAGAGAGCAUUCAGGGGAGGAUGACAAAGCAAAUCCCGGUCAUUAGGAACCUUGUGUAUGGUGAUAGAUUAAAACAUCUGAGUCUGCACUUCCUUGAGAGGCUUAGUGAGGGUGUGAUAUAAUCGAGGUGUAUAAAUAAAAGUCAGGGUUAAGCGAAGGUGAUAUAACAAAGGCACAGUACUUAAACUAUCUGACCAGAAGUGAACACGUAGCAAUGUUUUAAAUUAGACAAAUUUAGAUUUAGGCAUGAGAUAGGAAAAAACUGGUUUUGGAAUAGAGUUGUGAAUGAGUGGAACAAAUUACCUAACACUAUCAUUAACGUGAGCUUGCUGGGAAGCUUCAAGUAUCGGUUGGACAGACAUAUAAGUAAUGUGGGUGGGGUGUAAAUAUGGAUGCCUAGUAUGGGCCAAUAGGCCUCCUGCACUUUAGUCCAUUCUUAUGUUUUAAUAUAAAAUUAUUGUACCACAGCAAAAUCAUGUCAAUAUCUUUUAAAGAAAUACAAAAUUUUUCACACCAUAUAAACUCAUGUUUUCUGACAAAAUAAAUGACUGAAUUUAAAACAGAUGUGGUCAGUGGGUGAAUGGUCUACUGUAUAUAACCUGAUCAAAUUUUACCAGUGUUGCCAAACUCCUGAGCCUAGGAUCAGGAGAAUCUUACCUCAAUGACCUAACCUAUCCAGACCUCACAUACCUCACCUACUUGUCUACCAAAAGCUUGGUCCAGGGGGAGGGGGGGGGGCAACUGCCAGGAGCCCCCUUAGCAGACACCCAUGUUGGUGCUCCAACUUGUUGUGUUACCUUCAGUGACUGAUCUAACACAAUGCCUAGAUCUUUUUCCUUAAUCAACAGUAUCCAGGAGAGUGUCAGUAACAGAAUAGUUGUGAUUAGGGUUGUAUCCUAUAUGAGUCUUUCAUUUCAUAUUGUUAAAGAAUAAUUGCCAGCCUCAAGACCAUCUGAACAGCACAUGCAGAUCUUCUUGCAUUGUUGCAACAUCAUCUUGACUUUCUGCCUUCCCAAAUGUUGACAAACAGUCAUUGCAACUGCAUCUGUUGUGUGAUAUGUCCAAAAAGGGUUAAAAGGGAGAAGAUGCAGGUAAUAUAUAUACUAUAUAUGUAUAAAAAUUUUUUUAAUGAUUGAUCUUUUAAACCACCAGGUUAUGAUAAUAUUAAUUUAUACAUCACAGUGUGUACCAUAUUAAUAUUUUUAUAAUUAAAAUGAGCUGGAGUGAAAAUUUGUGUGCGUACCUUACAUACCUGUUCGUACAUGUUUUGGAUGAACACAGCACUUGGGCUACCAAAUAGUGUCCUUGUACUAUGUAGAUUUUUAUUUAAACAUGUUAACAUCUGCUGGGUUAAAAUAGAAAAAAAAAAAAAUUGUACAUUUUAUUAAUACUUUUUAAUAUAAACACAAUGCAGGAAAGUAGUAUAACAGCAAGAGAACAUUACAUAAGCUCUGUAGUCUGUAGUGAACAUAUACACACACAGUAUGCUAUUCUAACAAAUAGUAGCAUUACCAAAUACUGUACAGUAUAUGUAUCUGUAGUUGUUUAUAUAAAUUUCUUAUGCAAUUUCUUGUUGUUAGUUAAACAAAAAAUUACUUUAUACAAUACCUGGUUAUUUGCAGAGGUUUUUCUCCCGUUUCAAAUUGCCAUAUCACAUCCAAUGUCUUUGCUUUCCAUUCUCUUUUACCCUUUAAAGGGUGAAAUAAUGGAAUAAGUCCUAAGAAAUAAACAGUGUUUGAAUCACACUAGACUUGUGUAAAGAAACUACCAAAUGAAGCUGCUUUAAAUAGUGUGUGGUAUGAAAUGUUUUUUUUUUAAAUUUCUUUAUUAUUCAUUAUUUUUUAUGUAUUUUGGGGGCCUCCAUCCCUACAUUAUGAGUAUUAUCUGAAUGUUUGAUAAUUAAAGUGAUUUUACAUGAAUCGGGUAAAACUUUCUCUUUCUGCAUUCUACCUUGAUGUUACAUAUAGUAAUGUGUAUCCUUAUAUAGAAAGUUACAUCUUAUGGAGGGUUGGAUGAGUAUAGGGGAAAAAUUUGGAUUAAUAAGAACAUAAGAAUGAAGUAGCUGCCCUGUGUACAAUGAAAGACAAAAGUCGUGUCGUGAAAUUUGGUGAAAACAUAUGCCGAAGGGCUAAACUUUCGGUGCGCUCUGCCUUGUGGUAGGGGGCUCUCAUAAUGUUUCACGAGUUACAAGUAUAUUUAAUCUUCGGACAAAACCGCGACACGACUUUUGUCUUUGAUUGUACAUCUAACCCUUAUCAUUCGUACAUCUGUCCGACCUAUGCAGUAUUUAAAACUUUCCAACAUGUUCGAGAUGAUGAUGGUGUUUAGUAAAUUGUUCUACUCACUCCACAACUCUAUUUUUGGACCAAUGUUUACCAAAUUAAUUCCUAAAUCAAUUGCUUAAUUUUA